AUGAGUGUGCUUCUCACGGUUAGCAUCGAAGAUUUCAUCACCGAUCGGACGACCAUAUUCCCGACGGUCGUCCAGUUGGGAUACGGUCUUCCCUCCUUCGCCCUCAUGCUCUUUUUCCUCUUCUUUCUCGGACACGCAAAGGCCUACACAAACUCGUUCUAUCGAUUGGUCCAAAUGGAUUUAUUGAUUGUAAGUUGGUGAUUGUACGAGCACAACUAUAAUAUCCGUAAUUCCAGAACUCAAUCUCCUACAUCAACACGUUUCCCUCGUCGCGAAUCGUCAGAUACCCGUCCGGACUGAAUGUCAUCACUGGAAUCGAGCUGUACAUUCCGGGUCUGCUGACACUUUCCACGUAUUUGGUCAACUUCUUCAUGCAUCUUCAGUUCUGCACGGCGUUCGCGUUGAGCGCCCAUCGCAUUUCGGCCAUCUACUUUUAUUCGCAACACGACUACGUAAGUACGGUUACUGACGCAAUCAAAAGACUUUCACGCGCUUUAUACAAUCAUUGUAAGAUCAUUGUUGAAUCAUUACGUAGUUCUGUGUGAUGUCAUAAGUUUCUGUGUACUUUUCCGUGAGCUAGACCUUUGAAACUCCAAAAUUUGUGGCCGAUGUCUAAUUACGGGGUGUCGAGCACGCAAGUCUAUGAAUUUUCGAAGAAAAAGUUGGCAAAUGCCAGGAACCUACAUUACAAAUUUGCACAAGUCUAGACGGAGUGAACUUUCAUCCAUCCACACAUCAACACCCGAUCUAUUCCAGAAAUGGUCUCGUUGGUAUCCGUUCGUCGGACUGCUCUUCGUGCUCUACGCAAUUUCCACCAAUCUCUCGCUCCCCGGCGAAAAAGCCUCGGUUUUCAUGGCGAACGGAACCCUGAUGACGACGGUGAACGUGGAGGAUUUCAAUUGGAAAACGCGGAUGAAGACGUUCUACUCGUUCGUCUACUUUACGAUUCUCCUCGUUCUCUGGCUGUUCACCUCCGUCUGUGUUCCCCGCCGAUUUCGAGAACUGACGAGCGUGCGCGGCGCCGUGAGUGCGUCCGUUCAGAAGGUCACCGAAAAACUGACGAAAAUCGCGCUGACCUACUGUCUCCUCUACACUGGAUUCCUCAUCUGGAGCGUGUUCACCACGUUCACCACUCUCCUGAACCUUCUGCCGAAUGUGCUCAACAACAAUCACUGGACACUUCUCAUUUAUUGCACUGACUUGGUGAGAGAAGGUUGUCGGCGAGAGGAGAAGAGAAAACGGUUCUUGACAGAUGACACUGGCUCUUCCGUACAUUCUCAUCGCGUUCGAUAGCAAUGUGAAGAACGAUUUGGGACUCUCGCGAAACCCAAGUUUCGCAAAUGAAGUACAACCGUCUAGAAGUGGUCCCCUGGUUGUGUGA